AUGGGGCCCGCCAGCCCCGCCGCUCGCGGUCUGGGCGGCCGCCGGGGCCCGCCGCUGCCGCUGCUGCUGCUGCCGCUGUGGCUGCUGCUUCUGCGCGCGCAGCUCGCCGCCGCCAACCUGGCCGGGGCGCCGGAGGCUCCGGGGUCCGCCCAGGUGGCGGGACUAUGUGGACACAUCACCCUUCACCGAGACCUGCGCACCGGCCGCUGGGAGCCGGACCCGCAGCGCUCCCGCCGCUGCCUCCGGGACCCGCAGCGCGUGCUGGAGUACUGCAGACAGAUGUAUCCGGAGCUGCACAUCACACGUGUGGAGCAGGCUGCACAGGCCAUCCCCAUGGAGCGCUGGUGUGGGGGUGCUCGAAGCGGCCGCUGUGCCCACCCCCAUCACCAGGUUGUGCCCUUCCACUGCCUGCCUGGUGAAUUUGUGAGUGAGGCCCUACUGGUUCCUGAAGGCUGCCGGUUCUUGCACCAGGAACGCAUGGACCAGUGUGAGAGCUCAACCAGGAGGCAUCAGGAGGCACAGGAGGCCUGCAGCUCUCAGGGCCUCAUCCUCCAUGGCUCAGGCAUGCUUCUGCCCUGUGGCUCCGAUCGGUUCCGAGGUGUGGAGUAUGUGUGCUGUCCGCCUCCAGCAACCCCAAACCCAUCUGGAACAGCAACUGGUGAUCCUUCCACCCGGUCCUGGCCCUUGGGAGGCAGAGCAGAGGUGGGUGAGGAUGAGGAAGAGGCAGAAUCCUUCCUACAGCCAGUAGAUGAUUACUUCGUGGAGCCUCCCCAGGCUGAAGAGGAAGAGGAGGAGGAAAAGGUCACAUCUCCAAGCUCCCAUGCCCCUGUAGUGCUCAACGUAGUCACUCCCACCCCAAGGCCCACUGAUGGUGUGGACGUCUACUUGGGCAUGCCUGCGGAGACCAACGAGCACGAGGGCUUCCUGAGGGCCAAGAUGGACCUGGAGGAGCGCAGGAUGCGCCAGAUUAACGAGGUGAUGCGUGAAUGGGCCAUGGCUGACAACCAGUCUAAGAAUCUGCCUAAAGCUGACAGGCAGGCCCUGAAUGAGCACUUCCAGUCCAUUCUGCAGACGCUGGAGGAGCAGGUGUCUGGUGAGCGACAGCGCCUGGUGGAGACCCACGCCACCAGAGUCAUUGCCCUUAUCAAUGACCAGCGCCGCGCUGCUCUGGAGGGGUUCCUGGCGGCACUGCAGGGGGAUCCACCUCAGGCAGAGCGCGUUCUGGUGGCCCUGCGACGCUACCUGCGAGCCGAGCAGAAGGAACAGCGGCACACGCUGCGUCACUACCAGCACGUGGCCGCCGUGGAUCCCGAGAAGGCCCAGCAGAUGCGCUUCCAGGUACAGACCCACCUUCAGGUGAUUGAGGAAAGGAUGAAUCAGAGCCUGGGGCUACUUGACCAGAACCCCCAUCUGGCUCAGGAGCUGCGGCCCCAGAUCCAGGAACUCCUGCACUCAGAACACCUGGGUCCCAGUGAGUUGGAAGACCCUCAGGCUGGAGGCAGCAGUGAGGACAAGAGUGGGCUUCAGCCUCCAGACUCCAAGGAUGUUCCACCUGUCUUGUCCCUCUGGAAACCAGAAGACACUCCCAUGGCCCUUCCAAAAGGGCCCACAGAUCAAGAUGCCCCAUCCUCUGGAAAAGAGAAACUGUCCCCACUGGAACAGUAUGAGCAAAAGGUGAACACAUCGGUUCCCAGGGGCUUUCCUUUCCAUGCAUCGGAGAUUCAGCGAGAUGAGUUGGCACCAGCUGGCACCGGUGUGUCCCGAGAGGCUGUGUCUGGUCUGCUGAUCAUGGGAGCCGGAGGGGGCUCCCUCAUCGUCCUGUCCUUGUUGCUCCUGCGCAAGAAGAAGCCCUACGGGACGAUCAGCCAUGGAGUGGUGGAGGUGGACCCCAUGCUGACCCUGGAGGAACAGCAGCUCCGGGAAUUGCAGAGGCAUGGCUACGAGAACCCCACCUACCGCUUCCUGGAGGACAGGCCCUGAACCUGACCCCUGGCCAUCUACAGCUGAGCCCAGACUGCCCCUCCUCCUGGAGCCCUGAAGCCCUCCUCCCAGCCUCAGGUGGGGAAGGGAGGUCGGCCUCCCUUCCCUAUUCCAAAUUCUAUCCCCUUAGAAGUUCCCAGGUAUUCCCAGCUUUUGCCCCACCUGGGACCUCCUCACCUUAAUUUAUUUUAUGUUAAUUUAUUGCUUCUUAAGGUGACCACCACCUGGGUCCCAGUGUCUGUCACUCCCUGGAAUUCACCUACCCACAUUUUUCCCCACUAACCUCCCAAUAAAGUGUCUUCACCAGGUCAA